GGUUUUGGCCACGUCUAAGCCAUGAUGGCCUUUAAAGUUCUUGUCCUUUUGCUGAUUGCCCUUGUGGGCAAUUCUCAACAGCGUUCUCAGCCCAGUGAUUCUACAUAUUAUGCCGGUGUAGUGGAGCACAUGGAGGCACCGGCUAGUAUUACAUCGCCCAGGUCGCGUACCAUUUACAUUUCGAACGAAUUCCAAAGGAUUAUUGCCUCGGAAGAGGCCAAGGACUUGGAUAUUAUUGUGUUCCCGGAGCAUGUGACCAAUUACAAGGAGACUGCCUCCUUUGUGCCCCACGGUAGCCAGAAUGUGACGCCCUGCUACCAAACGGACUACGAUCUCUUGCUGAUCGAGAUAUCCUGCGCCGCUCGUGCCCAAGGAAUCUACGUGGUGAUCAACUUGAUUGAAAAGGAGAUUUGCGCCAAUGGCAGCGGAUCGGAUACCUUUGAUCCGUGUCCGGCGCAGGGUAUUCGCUAUUUCAACACAAAUGUGGUCUUCGAUCGGAGUGGCAGAGUGAUCUCCCGCUACCGGAAGACCCAUUUGUGGCGCCACGAAUACGACUCCAGGUCGGUGCUCCGGCAACCGGAUGUUGCCACAUUUGCUACGGAUUUCGGUGUCACCUUCGGUCACUUCAUUUGCUUCGAUAUGCUGUUCUACGAACCGGCAAUGGUUCUGGUAAGGGAUCUUAACAUCACGGAUAUUAUCUAUCCGACGUUUUGGUUCUCGGAGUUGCCCUUCCUUACGGCCCUGCAGUUGCAGGAGGGUUGGUCCUUCGGGAAUAAUGUGAACCUUUUGGCGGCGGAUGCCAGUGAUCCGGCGGGCAAGACAACCGGAUCCGGUAUCUAUGCCGGACGAUGGGGUCGCUUGCAGGCGGAGAUCUUCGCCCAGCCGACGACGCGAUUGAUGACAGCUCGUGUCCCCAAAAAGGAUCGAGUCCAGCAACUGGGCGACCAGGUGGAGGAGCUAUUCACCCCCCAGCUGAUCACUCCACGGAUGACCGGAGUGGACACCUAUCGGGACUAUAAUGUGGAUAUCUUUGAGACAGUACUGUUGGAGGCAGACUUUCUGGAAGUUACCCAAAACCUAUGCCACGGCACUUUCUGUUGUGAUUUCUCGUUGAAGCGGGCUCUGACUCCGGGCGAUAUUACGGCGGACCAUUUGACCUAUCGCUAUCGCCUUGCCGCCUAUUGGGGCGAUGAGACGACCGUUAUCCGGGUGGAUCGUUCCGAGCAGGCGGUCUGCGCCAUUUUUGCCUGCAAGGAUGAGAGUCUGCUCAGCUGUGGCUCCAUAUUUCCCGCAUCUGGCGGUCAAGUUGCCAAUAAACAUCACUUUACGGAGAUCAAGAUCAGUGCCACUUUUCCGGCUGCACCGCGCGGUCGUCGCCUCAUCAUGCCCAGCACCCUGGAUGGCGGCUUCAAGCCCAUCGCCGUGUCCAAGUUUGAUUGGGAGGAGACACCGGCUCCGGCUGCCAAAAAUCCGGACAAGGAAACCCGUGUCAGCUUGAAUCUGAUUCGGCCGCAAAACGAUCUGCUGACCUUUGCCAUUUGGGCCAACUACUAUACGGAUCUGGCGAGUAGCCACAAUCUGGAUCACAUGCAGCCGACGACAGAGGGCGUUGCUGUGCCCACGACGCCGACCUCCGGGGCCAGCUCCAUAGUCUUGACAUCUGCCGGAUUUUUGGUUUUAAUAAGCCUUGUUUACCAAUUUUAAAUAGAGAGCAGACACUAUGAUUAUUA